AACGCACGGAAACAGGUCCCCACUGGGCCACUCCACACACACACUCCACCCUCCAUAUUACCCACCUCUUCUUUCCAGACAUCCCACAGCUCAUACAAUUUGGGCUCUGGGUUUUCCGAUUCCCCACCAAAUCCUCCCGGAACUACUUAGAAACCCCCGAGUGGAAGCUAUCGGUUCGAAGAUUCGGACUGGUGGGUUGUAAUCGUUCGAUGAAGCGAGCAUCAUCGGGGGACGAUUCGAUGGCGGCGACGGAGAGCUUGGCGGAUGUGAAGAUGAAGAGGGUUAAGGUGGAGGAGGAGGAGGUGGAGGUGGCUGACUGCGUUGACAUGGAUGAGCUGAAAGGGGCGGGGUUUUCGAAUCUGGACGACAAUCUGAUCUUCGAGGUGUUCAAGCACGUGGAUGCGCGGACGUUGGGGAUGGCGUCGUGCGUGAGCAAGCAGUGGCACAAGACGGCGGAGGAUGAGCGGCUCUGGGAGCUGAUAUGCACCAGGCACUGGGCCAACACGGGCUGCGGCAGCCAGCAGCUGAGAUCUGUGGUCCUCGCUCUCGGUGGGUUCCGGCGGCUUCACGCCCACUACAUCUGGCGUCUCAGCAAGGCCUCCUCCUCCUCGAGCUCCGUCCCUUCAUUCUCGUCGGCGGCGUCCUCCUCUGAUUCGCCUUGGGCGGCGGCUCCGGUGAAGCCGAUGCUGAACCCGAAGCCGCCGAGCGCUCGGUGGGGAAAGGACGAGGUGAAUCUGUCCCUCUCGCUCUUCUCGAUUCGGUUUUACGAGAAGAUGAACUACGCAAACAGAGGAAGAUGAUCAGAAAUUAAACCCCAAAAUAAAAUUAUAUAUAUAAUUAUAUAUCUAUAUAUUUCGUAAUUUCAGUUGGAUUUUCCCUCUUUAGAUUUGGGUUUUUUCCUCUAAAUUUCCUUAAAAAAUGGAUCUGUAAUUCUUGUUAAACUUUGAAGCUUUUUUGUGUAAAUUAAGGUAAUUUCUGAAUCAUUAUGCACUGUAAUUCCAUAAUUUGAUGUAUUGGAAUUUGGGUUUGCUUCAAUUUCUUGUUUGUUUCGGGGGAUUUGGAGGAAUUUUGGCGCUGGUGAUUGUGAUUGGCGGUCCGGAGAUUCGAUUGGCGAAUACGAACAAACAGAAAGGGAAAUCGGAGGAGGGUACGGUUGUAAUAAAAGGCUUGGUUCUGGGCAUUUGGCAGGUUCGCAUGGGCGUGAAUAGGAAAAGGACAAGAGGAAUGAGUGUAGUAAUAGGUUAGAAAAUUGAGAUGAUCCGAACGGCAACUGGGAAGGACGAAGUUGUCGUAUGUAUUGGAAGUGCUCGAAUUUCUUGGAGAAUUGCCAGACUGCUUGCUGCCGCAUUGGUUUCUGUUGUAAUGUUUGCUUGCAUUCUCAGAAUGGGCAUCUUGUUUUGUUUCAAUAGAUUAUGUGUUCAAUC